UUGCAAGAUGGCGUCGCCAAUGAUGCUAACUGGCAAGGUAGCGAUAAUCACAGGAGCUAGUUCUGGUAUUGGGGCAGCUACAAGCAUAUUAUUUGCAAAACUUGGUGCAAAACUUGCAUUAACAGGAAGAAAUCAACAACAUUUAGAAGACACUGGUAAGCAGUGUGAAGAGCAAGGAUGUAUUAAGCCGCUGCUGGUUACUGGUGAUAUAACAUCAAAUGAAGUAGUGAAGAAUCUUGUUGAUAGCACUGUCAACCAUUAUGGUAAACUUGACAUCUUAGUGAAUAAUGCUGGAAUUAUUGAGUUAGGUACAAUAGAAACAACAACAUUGGAACAGUUUGAUAAAAUGAUGGAUAUUAAUGUUAGGUCCGUUUUCAACUUGACAUCACUAUCUGUACCUCAUCUUAUAAAGUCCCAAGGCAGCAUUGUAAAUGUUUCCAGUGUUAAUGGUAUACGAGCAUUUCCUGGAGUGUUAGCAUACUGUACAUCAAAGAGUGCUGUGGAUCAAAUGACAAGAUGUGUCGCACUUGUGAUUAAACAUGACCAUCUCAACAUAUUUUUUUACAGUCCUGGUGUAACAAAAACUGAACUACAAAAAAGAGGUGGUCUUGAUGAAGAAGCAUAUGCAAAGUUUUUAGAAAGAAGCAAGACGACCCAUGCCAUGGGUAGAGUCGGUGAACCAGAUGAAGUUGCCAGUACCAUUGCUUUUCUGGCAUCCGAUGCUGCUUCAUUUAUCACAGGAGUGUCCAUACCUGUAGAUGGUGGAAGACAUGCCAUGUGUCCUAGAUAAAUAAACUAUAUUCCAUAAUUCAAUCAUUAUAAUAAUUUUAUUGUAUCAUUACAAAUACAUAGUUUCUAUCAAUUAAUAAAAAUAAAUAUAAAUGAAAAAA